AUGGCCGCUAAACGCAAACCUGAGAGUCAGCUGCCCGCUGAAGAAAGCGAUAUCUUACAAAUCCGUCCCCUUGGAGCUGGACAGGAAGUAGGAAGAUCAUGCCAUUUGCUGGAGUUUAAAGGAAAGAAGAUUCUGCUGGACUGUGGAAUCCACCCUGGCAUGACUGGCAUGGCAUCGCUUCCCUAUUUAGACAUGAUUGAACCAGAAGAGAUAGAUCUUUUAUUGGUCAGCCAUUUUCACCUGGAUCACUGUGGCGGCUUGCCCUACUUCCUGCAGAAGACAGCUUUCAAGGGUCGGUGUUUCAUGACCCAUGCGACAAAAGCUAUCUACAGGUGGCUGCUCUCAGAUUACGUCAAAGUCAGUAACAUUGCCUCAGAUGAUCAGUUGUAUACAGACAGCGAUAUAGAGAAGAGUAUGGAAAAGAUUGAGACCGUCAAUUUUCAUCAGGAAACAGAUAUCAAUGGGGUUCGAUUCUGGUGCUACUCAGCUGGUCAUGUGUUAGGAGCAGCCAUGUUUAUGAUUGAAAUUGCUGGUGUUAAGAUUUUGUACACAGGUGAUUAUUCUCGACAAGAAGACAGACAUUUGAUGUCUGCAGAGAUGCCAAAUGUGAGACCUGACAUCCUCAUCAUUGAAUCUACUUAUGGAACCCACAUUCAUGAGAACAGAGAAGAAAGGGAGCAUCGGUUCACCAGUCUGGUCCAUGACAUUGUCAACAGAGGUGGUCGAUGUCUCAUCCCAGCCUUUGCCCUUGGCAGAGCACAAGAACUGCUUCUGAUUCUUGAUGAGUACUGGAGCAACCACCCAGAGCUGCAUGACAUCCCUAUUUACUACGCAUCUCAGCUGGCCAAGAAAUGCAUGAGUGUCUACCAGACAUACAUCAAUGCCAUGAACGAGAAGAUCCGCAGGCAGAUCACCAUCAGCAACCCUUUUGUUUUCAAGCACAUCAUUAACCUCAAAAAUAUUGAACAGUUUGAAGACAUUGGCCCCUCAGUGGUGCUAGCUAGCCCAGGUAUGAUGCAGAGUGGUUUGUCCAGGGAGCUGUUUGAGAGCUGGUGCACAGACAAGAGAAAUGGUGUCAUCAUUGCCGGCUACUGUGUGGAGGGUACACUGGCCAAGCAUAUCCUGUCGGAACCAAAUGAGAUUACAACACAAGCUGGGCAGAAGCUGCCUCUGAAGUGCUCUGUAGAUUACAUCUCCUUCUCUGCUCACGCUGACUACAAACAGACCUCAGAGUUUAUCAGAGAGCUGAAGCCUUCACACGUGGUUCUGGUUCAUGGAGAAGUCAAUGAAAUGUCCAGAUUGAAGGCUGCCUUGUUACGAGAAUACGAGGAUGACCCAGACAAUAAGAUUGAGGUACACAACCCACGCAACACAGUUCCCAUAGAGCUGCACUUCCGAGGAGAAAAGAUGGCCAAAGUUGUAGGGGAGCUAGCUGCUGAUCCUCCAGCUCAAGGUCACAGAGUCUCCGGAAUAUUGGUGAAGAGGAAUUUCAAUUAUCACAUUGUCUCACCUAAAGAUCUGCACAGUUACACAGACCUGGCCAUGAGUACGGUGUCCCAGCGCAUGAGUGUCAUGUUUUCUGGAAACAUUGGACUCCUCUCUUACUAUCUCAGCCAGCUGGCGGGAGACAUUGUGUACCUGGAGGGUUCAGCUCUGCAGGUGUUCGAUUCAAUCAAGGUGACACUGGAUUCCAGCAUUGCAUACAUAGAGUGGACAGCGAACCCAGUGACUGACAUGUAUGCUGAUGCUGUUAUUGCUGUGCUGUUGAAAGCUGAAAAUGAUCAUGUUUCAUUUAAAUUGGCUGUCCCCCCACCUUUGAAGAUCGACAAGGCACACUUUCAAGAGUGCCUGCUGGAGACACUGAGUGAAAUGUUUGGAGCUGACUGCACCAGCAAAGUCUUUGAGAGGGAACGCUUGACUGUGAAGAUUGAUGACAUUACAGCAGUGAUCAAUUUGGAUACUCUGGAGGUCAAAUGCUCAGAUGAAGGACUUCAACAGGUCAUCCAUUCUGCCGUGACGAGGCUUCACCAGGCAAUUAAUCCUAUCAAAUGUUGA